CAGACAGCGGCCUUGACGGGUGUGCCUGCCUGGCUUUGUCGGGUCGGGCGCGGAUUGCGCUGGGUGCCUGCCAUUUCCACCCGACAAAACUUCGUCUCUUCGUUAAAUUCUUCAUGCAUUUCCAUGCACGCCACUUAAUUUACGGACACAGUUAGUCCCAUACAUCUUCAUCAGCAAUCUGCCAAUAUGAUUUCAAAAAAAACACACACAAGAAAUUAAUGCUCACUCAUUCAUCCCAUAGAUUGGCCUCAAAAGGCAUUCCAGCUUUUAAUGAUCUCCGAUGUGAAUUUUUGUACUCUGCGUUCUGCAACAGUAUAACCAGAAGAGAAAAAAAACAAAAGAAAGAAAGAAAAAGUUGAGGUUUACACUUCUCUCCUCUCCUCUCCUCUAUAUAUGCCUUUCUCCUCUCCUCAAUAUCCAUUCAAUUUUCUUCUGUGUUACACUUCUUGUGUGAAUACAUGGGCUCUCUCUGUUGUCUUCCACAGCUUUCUUGAACUGCAUGCUUGCAGAUACAUUUAUGAGUCCGGUUGCAGUUCAAUGAAGCUGUGGGAAAUCACAGAGAUGGUCGAGCAGUUUAAUUUUAUCCUCUCUUGCAUCAAUUUAGCUGUCUAAUUACUUCUCGAGACCAGUUUUUUCCUCCCCAGAAUACUUCACAUGGCAUGAAGAUUUCUGAAUUCAGUUGUUUCCUUUUCUACUUUUUAAAAAGCUGAAAAUUGUUCAGAUAUUAAUUCCAAUUGAUUUAUUUUCUACAAAUUUUUGGAGUGGGCACCUGGUCCUCCCUCAUCAUGCAAGGAAAGAUGAUGCUCUUCAUGAUGAGAUAUCAAGUCUGGCUAUUUUUAUUUUUCUUAAAAAAUAAUAAUUUAGAUAUCUUUUUUUAUGGUGUUAAAGCUUAAUUAAUUAUAUGAGAUAAUCAUGUGUUUUAGAAACACUAAAGUGUAUUAUUCUGAACAAUAUACGUUGUAUUUGAUUACUGACUUAUAAAUCUACUUCAUCAGCAUAUUUUUUUCAUAUCACUUCUGGUAAUUUUAUUUUUACCAGAAAAUCUUCAUCCGAAUAGCACCGAUUUAUGUUUUGAAUUUAUAUAUAAUAAUAAUGUAAUCCGAGAGAUAAAUUGAAUAAUUUUGACGUCGUUGAGUCAAUAGAAAGGUUGGGUUUGAUCUUAUUGGGCCGCUCAAGGGCCCAUUUAAGAAAUGAGGAUUGUGAAAUUUAUUCAUAUGCCGUUGGCUUUUUUUCGUAUUAUUCUUUUAUUUUUUUUAUCCAUUGAAAUUUUUUCGUGUCCUCCAAGUAAUAUCAUGGGGAAGACGGUUCUCGAUAUAUAUAUUAUUAUUAUUUUUUAUAAACUAAAGGCCGAAUGAUUUGAAAGCAUUUAACGCCGUGGCUUUCUGGUAAUAAAAGGCGUCGUCAAGUUCUCCUUUCCAUCGCAAGAGAGGAUUCGCCCUCUUCUCUAUCGUCUCCUAGGGUUUGCCUUUAUCUUCCCCAAUCUCACGGCUACCGGAUCCCAAAUCGAAGGAUUUGUCUCGUCCAGUAUGAGGCCGACCACCGCCGAGAGAAGCCAGCAGCAGCAGCAGCAGCAGCAUCGCAACGACCGGAGGCCUCGCCCACAUCACCGACCUCCUUAUGCCUCUGGUGAUCGCCAGGAAUGGGUUCCCCGCGGAUCCGCCUCCGCUUCUAUCCUUCCUACUCCGCCGCCACCGGCAGUCUUCGAACCCGAACCCGCCUACCGACAUUGGCACCGCCAGCCUCGGCCGUCUCCACCGGCUUCUGCGGCGGAGAAGCCGACGUCGGAAUACGGGCCGGACCUCUCGAUGCCGCAGUUGGUGCAGGAGAUUCAAGACAAGCUGGCGAAUGGGACGGUGGAGUGCAUGAUUUGCUAUGACAUGGUGCGGCGAUCGGCCGCGAUCUGGUCGUGCUCCAGCUGCUACUCAAUCUUCCACCUUCACUGCAUCCGCAAGUGGGCCCGUUCGCCUACGUCCUCUGAUGUCCCGUCCGCCGGCGGGGGGGAUGGCGGCAGCGCGGGAUGGCGGUGUCCUGGGUGCCAAUCGGUGCAAUCCAUAUCUGCCAAGGAGCUAUCUUAUACUUGCUUCUGUGGUAGCCGACGGGAUCCUUCGAAUGAUCUUUACCUCACUCCCCACUCCUGUGGAGAACCAUGCCGAAAAUCACUUGAUCGGACUGCGCCCAAUAAGUUGGCGUCGGAUGAUGAUGGUGGUUACCAUUGUCCCCAUGUCUGCGUCCUCCAGUGCCACCCUGGGCCGUGCCCACCGUGCAAGGCCUUUGCUCCAGACCGGCCUUGCCCAUGUGGCAAGACGAUGAUUGUCCGACGAUGCUCUGAUCAAAAUAGUCCCUUCUCGUGCGGGCAGCAGUGCAAUCGUCUCCUUUCUUGCGGCCGCCACCGGUGUGAAUUGAUUUGUCACACUGGUUCGUGUAGCCACUGCCGAGUACUUGUUACUACUGUUUGCUUUUGUAAGAAGAAGACUGAGGUUGUUCUUUGUGGUGAUAUGGCGGUGAAGGGAAACGUAGAAGGUAUUCAAGAUGGGGUCUUCUCGUGCAAUUCUGCCUGUGGUAAUAUUCUUUCGUGUGGGAACCAUUUCUGCCGAGAAAAAUGCCAUCCUGGGUCUUGCGGAGAGUGCGAGUUGCAACCAGAUAGGAUAACAAGUUGCCACUGUGGAAAGAACAAACUGGAAUAUGUAAGGAAGAGUUGCCUGGAUCCGAUUCCAACUUGUUCUGAAACUUGUGAAAGAGUCCUUCCUUGCGGAAUUCAUAGGUGCAAGGAGACCUGUCAUGAGGGAGAUUGCCCACCUUGUUUGGUGCUGGUUGACCAGAAAUGUCGAUGCCUCUCUUCAAACAGAAAAGUGGAAUGCUACAAGGCCUCUGAAGAAAGCAAAAAUUUUCUCUGUGACAAGUCCUGUGGUAAAAAAAAGAACUGUGGCAGGCACCGGUGCACUGAACGUUGCUGUCCUCUCUCUAAAAUUGCUGGAGCGAUUUCGAACAGUGAUUGGGAUCCUCAUCUGUGCUCCAUACCUUGUGGAAAGAAGCUCAGAUGUGGGCAACACUCUUGCCAACUGCUUUGCCACAGUGGUUACUGCCCACCUUGUCUUGAGACUAUAUUCACAGAUUUGACAUGUGCCUGUGGAAAGACAUCAAUUCCACCGCCACUUCCUUGUGGUACUCCAAGACCGUCCUGCCCCCACCCUUGUUUGGUUUCCCAACCAUGUGGUCACUCGGCUUCCCACACUUGCCAUUUUGGAGAUUGCCCACCAUGUUCUGUGCCAGUUGUGAAGGAAUGCAUUGGAAGCCAUGUGUUGUUAAGGAAUAUACCUUGUGGAUCCAAGGAUAUCAGGUGCAAUCAACUCUGUGGUAAGACUCGCCGAUGCGGGAUACAUGCCUGUACUAGGACUUGCCAUCCUCUUCCAUGUGAUGCUUCUUCUGCUUCAACAUCUGCAUCUGAUGUGAGUGGGAAGUCUUCAUGCGGACAGGUCUGCGGUGCACCUAGAAGGGAUUGCAAGCACACUUGUAGUGCACCAUGUCAUCCCUCAGAGACCUGUCCUGAUCUUAGGUGUGGAGUGCUUGUCAUGAUAACUUGUUCUUGUGGUCGAAUUACUGCAAGUGUUCCUUGCAGUGCUGGAGGAACCACCAAUGAAUUCCAUGUUGAUACUGUAUUAGAAGCAUCCAUUCUUCAGAGGCUUCCAACUUCAUUGCUUCCCGUGGAAGCCAAUGAAAAGAAGGUCCCUCUCGGGCAGAGGAAGCUCUCUUGUGAUGAAGAGUGUGCUAAGCUGGAGAGGAAACGUGUCCUUGCAGAUGCAUUCGACAUAACCCCUCCCAAUUUGGAUGCUUUGCAUCUUGGUGAAAACUUAGCAUCAUCUGAUCUUCUUGCUGAUCUCUUUAGGAGGGAACCUAAAUGGGUUUUGUCUGUGGAGGAUAGGUUUAAGUUCUUGGUGCUGGGAAAGACAAAAGGAGGUGGCAUCAAAGUACAUGUCUUUUGUUCUAUGUUGAAAGAAAAGAGGGAUGCUGUUCGGCACUUAGCAGAAAGAUGGAAACUAACAGUCCAAGCUGCAGGUUGGGAGCCAAAGCGAUUCCUAGUGGUUCAUGCUACCCCCAAGUCAAGACCUCCACCUCGUAUAUUGGGCUCGAAGCCAGGAGUACCGCUAGCUGCUCCACUUCCUCCACCAUUCGAUCCUCUAAUUGAUAUGGAUCCUCGACAUGUUGUUUCAAUGCUAGACAUGCCUCGUGAUGCAGAUAUCAGUGCCUUGGUGCUAAGAUUUGGUGGGGAAUGUGAACUGGUAUGGUUAAAUGACAAGAACGCUUUAGCAAUUUUUAAUGACCCAGCAAGGGCUGCCACAGCUUUGAGGAGGUUAGAUCAUGGAUCAGUAUACCAGGGAGCAGUGAUAGUUUCAAGUUCUGCUGUGAGUAAUGCAUGGGGAACGAGGCCUAAAGAGGAUGGAGUUUCCUCAAAGGUUAGCAAUCCAUGGAAUAAGGUUGUUGCCCCUGAAUCAGAUUCUUGGGGAGGGGAUUGGUCUUCUUCUGGGGUUAGUGCCGCAGCACCUGCUUGGAGGCCAAUAGAGGCUGCACCAAUCUCGGCAUCAACAAAUCCAUGGAAUGUUCUUGAUUCUGAUGCAACUAUGAAUUCAUUGCCUGCUGAAUCAUCAGAUCAUCCUUUUGAUUCCAGUGGUGAAUGUAGCCCUACUGUGGAACCUGAUACAGGUGGUGAUGUGAUCUCUGUGAGUCAGGGUGUUGCUGUUGACGAGACAGAGAUAAAAGAGGUGGACGACUGGGAAGAAGCGUAUGCAUGAAGCCUCUUUUGACUUGUCUGAGUUGCUUCCCUUUGAAUGUUGUUGAACCUUUGUUUUACUUUUGCAGCCAAUUUAUGUAAAUCCAUUAUGUCGAUGAGAAAUUUAUACUCCUCGAUGCAGACUUAUUGUUGCUCAUCUUAUUUUUGUUGUUUCUGGCAAUACAGAAUACUGCUUGAGCAAUUCCUUUUU